CAUGGUUUCCCAAGUCAUUGCCACAAUAUUUCGUUCCGACUUGAAUGAUCGUGGGGACCCUGCCCAUGCAACCAUCACUGACUUCAAGUAUCUUGCCUCUUAUAACUGGCUCGAUAGCGAAACACCAACUAUAUUAGUGCCCGGCUUUCCGCCUCUUUGGUCACCGCCGGCAGGAGCACUGAAACUGGAACCCGACUCAGGACGAGUGUACAUUGAUCAAAAUGCGGCUCGAGUACCCGAUGCACCUCUCGACCCCUUAUUCAGUGCAAUAUUCGCCCAGAGCCCUGGCUUCGAGAUGGACAGUGUCGAUAUGAUAACGGAUCGGAACAAUAUAAGAAAACUUCUCCGCUUCCUCGAUGGAUCUUCAAGCGAUUCCUUUCAGAUACAGGUCGAAAUUGUUGAAGGAAAGAGGGCGCUGUUCACGCGCAUAGAAACGGAGAACACAACAUUCAUUCAAGGCUUCCAAGGUUAUGGUCGCAACUUCGAGAAGGCGUGCACAAAAAGCGCAAUCGGAACAUCCGGAUAUUACAGAAUCGUCAGUUUUAGCUUCGGUGGUUUACGAUGCGUGGUUAGAAAUGAAACUGAUGCGUACAUUGACCAUGUAUUAGAACGGACUGCAGUCCAGAAGGAUGCGUCGACUGACUCCGUGUCACAUUUACUGGAAAGAUUCCAGCUCGCCGGCUCCCCUAUUGCACCAGCAUACACGCCCAAAAUUACAGUUAAAAGAGAAGGAAUAGAGGUAGACUGUUCUUCCAUUUUGGAAAUCAAGACUCGAGCUGCUAGCAAGAGCAUAGACACGGACGAGACUAUAACUCAGCUUUGGAUAUCACAAACCCCAAACCUGACUUCUGGUUAUUAUGUCAAUGGCCUUUUCAAUGAUGUCAAAGUUCGAGAUAUGACCCAGAACGUCCGAGAUUGGGAGAAAAGCAACCAAAAACUUCUUUGCAGUCUCGGUCAUCUGUUGAAUCAAAUCAUUCAAUCGGUGAAAAGGAGUAAGAAUCAGGUUGCAGUUGUCAGGUACGAGGGCGGAAUGAAGUUGGAUAUCAUCGCCAGCAAACAUAACAAAGCUCCGGUGAGGUCCGAAGACGCAGAAUUGCAGGAUGGAAAUCAGAUCACCGAGGACAAGCUGACGGAAAAGAAGGAAGAUCAGUAUAAGACGCUGGCCCAAACAAGCACUACAUCAGCCACAAAGACACCAAUCACAAUUGGAAACGUGCGAUAUGAGAUUGACGUGUCUCGGAUCCCGCGCUUAGCAUCACUGGUCCUCGACAGCAGUGAUCAAUCAUCUCAGUCAACGGAGAUCACCUACGGAGCGAUCCCUCUUUUCGAUGUCGCCCUCAAAGGGAUAGAAUCGGGCUACCGCCAGUGUUUCCGAUCAAUUUCCAGCAACAUUAAUCUCUACCGCACCCUCUGUGAUACAUAUGAUUUCCUCGAGGUAGAUGUUUGUAAAGGGCGGACUCUCAACGAAAUCAUCAAAGAUUUGAAAGCCGCGCAAGACUACGAUGAAUACCGCGACAAAUCCAAAGCCCGAGACGCCGCGUUCAAGCUGAUCUACUCUAUGCUACGAGACACGUUUCAGAGCAACGAGAAGCACAAGAACGCCAUCUUUAAUGCCGUUUUGUUUGUCACAUCUCACCCAGGAACCUUCAAAUGGAAGACGAGAAAUGCCAUACGGGCAGUUUACGAGAACCAGUUUAUGCCAUCGGUAAAGCAGAGGGCUAAUCUAGACCAAUGGCACAAGCUCGAUUCUAGCGGAACGGCUGACACAGACGAAGAUGACGUGACGACAGACGAAGAAUACUUUGACUGGUAUGAUUCCGACUUUUCUGGUUGCUCGUAG